CGGAGAUAAUGUCUCUUUAUAAAGUAAAGUUUUAAAAAUACAGUAUAUUAAAGAAGGUGGCAUUUUUUAAAUAUUGAGCAGUGUAAGUUUCCCUAUUUAAACUUCUUUAGGUCACCUCCCUUCACCAUAUAGUUCAGUCCCUGGAUCUCUCCUCCUGCUUCUCUCCUUAUUUUCUGCCAUUUCCAUGUGCAUUAGUAUCCAACUACUCUUCCUUCCUCUUCUUUCACAUAUAUUAAGUUUGCAGGUUUUGACUUGCAGGGCAUAUAAAUAUGAAUACUUAUGCCAUGGCCUUAUGUGGUUUGAUCACCAUCUUGCUGAUACGGUACUGGUUACAGAGAUGGAGGAACCAAAGCUACAGAGGAAAACUCCCUCCUGGUUCCAUGGGCUGGCCUCUUCUAGGAGAAACCAUCCAGUUCUUCUCUCCAUAUACAACCUUCGAUAUCUCUCCAUUUGUCAAAGAAAGGAUGAACAGAUAUGGACCAGUGUUCAAGACCAGCUUAGUCGGCCGACCCAUUGUUAUAUCGACCGACCCGGAGCUGAACCACUUGGUAUUCCAGCAAGAGGGAAAACUGUUUAAGAGCUCUUAUCCGGAAACAUUCAAAGAGAUCUUUGGAAAAGAAAACGUUGCUGAACUGGACGGUUACAUGUACAAAUACCUCAAGGCUUUGGUUCUUAGGCUUUUUGGCCCUGAAAACCUUAAAGUGACUAUGCUUCAAGAUAUGGAGAAGAUGUCUCGUGACAGACUCAGCUUAUGGUCUCGCGAGUCGAGCAUUGAGCUCAAAGAUAAGAUCUCAGCUAUGAUAUUUGACCUCACUACUAAGAAGUUGAUUGGCUAUGAUGCUUCCAGUGAAUCAGAGGAUUUGAGGAGCAAUUUUGCUGCUUUCAUAACUGGAUUAAUCUCCUUUCCUGUGAAUGUUCCAGGAACUGCGUACCAUAAGUGUUUGCAGGGACGUAAAAAAGCAAUCAAAGUACUUGAAAGAAUUCUAGCAGAGAGGAUGAAAUCACCAACAAAAGAGUGCAAGGAUUUCUUCGACUGUAUAGUGGAAGAGCUCAAUGGAGAAAAGCCAGUUUUAACAGUGGCUAUAGCUCUGGAUCUCAUUUUUGUACUCCUUUUUGCAAGCUUUGAGACCACCUCUCUUGCUCUUACCCUCGCCGUCAAACUUCUUACUGAUCAUCCUAAAGUGCUUGAAAAGCUAAAGGAAGAGCAUGAUGGGAUUAUUAUGAGCAGAGAGAACCCAGAUUCCGGAAUCACGUGGAAGGAAUAUAAAUCUAUGAGCUUCACAUUUCAAGUUAUCAACGAAACCGUGAGACUGGCAAACAUAGUUCCUGGAAUUUUCAGAAAAACUCUGAAAGACAUUCAAAUAAAUGGAUAUACAAUUCCAGCAGGCUGGGGGAUAAUGGUCUGUCCACCGGCUGUUCAUUUGAACCCUGAGAUAUAUAAGGAUCCACUGUCCUUCAAUCCCUGGAGAUGGAAGGAUAAGCCUGAGCUUAGUGGUGGAACAAAACAUUUUAUGGUUUUUGGUGGAGGGAUGAGGUUCUGUGUUGGGUCCGACUUCAGCAAGCUGCAAAUGGCUGUUUUCCUCCAUUGCUUGGUUACUAAGUACAGGUGGAAGGCUAUCAGAGGAGGGAACAUAAUACGGACUCCAGGAUUAGGAUUCCCAGAUGGUUUCCAUCUUCAAGUGCUCCCACAAGCAUAG